AUGAGCAUCGGUCCAGUGCCUGAACAGGCUGGUAUACGACAGGACUCGCCAGUGGUGCGUACUAAGUCGAGAAAGGGCACCAUUACGUCGAAAAUAGGUAAGAUUUUUGGCGUCUCUAAAAACGAAGACCUUCUGAACAGUCAAGCACAGGGUCAGGAUAAGGCACAGGCCACAUCUCAAGGCCAGGAUAAAGCUCCUCCAUCGCCCCCAACUUCUGCUUCGUCCUCGUGCUCGAGUUCUGUUGCAUCUUCCAGGUAUCACGCUGUUUCUUCCCCUAGAGCAUCGGGCGUUUCGGCAAAACUCCAGAGCGGCAAUGGCGCCAGCAAUGGCCAAGGUAAUGGCCCAGGUAAUGGACCUGCUGUUGCUGCCGCCUCUAACGGCACGCCCGUCCAGCGUAGCGCUUCUCCGGUUCCCUCGGCUAGCAGUGCGUCGAUAAACGCCAGGUUUGUCGUUCACGAGGACGGCUCCCACGAACACAGCUUGAAGAACGCCAAGAGACAGGAGAAGCUAGGAUCCAUGAUCAAGAACAUGCUAGGGGCCCAGAAACUUCGGGGCGAGGCCAAGUCUGCCGUGCCUGAUAUUCUUAUAAAGUCGAUGAAGUCCGGGGACCCGCCCUCUUUGUUUUCCGGGCUCAUCAAGCAGGUGAACGCCAAUGCCAGUGGCACUGCCUUCCCUUACAGCGGGGCGACCCAGAUUAUUGGGGCAAAACGAGACGACCAGCCACAGUCCAGUCGUGCAGAUAUAGACGAGGCAACCACCGUCAACCCGCUGCACAACCAGAGCUCCGUCACAUUCGCUGAAAAAUACGGCAGGUGCCAGGAAGUCAUCGGCAAAGGCUCGUUCGGAACUGUGCGUAUUUGCCACAAGAAGAACUUGAAGGGUGCCAACGGCGAAAUCCUAUACGCGGUAAAAGAGUUUAGAAGAAGACCAACGGAAAACCCAGCAAAAUACUCCAAGAGGCUCACCGCAGAGUUCUGCAUCUCGUCUUCUUUGAAACAUACCAACAUCAUAGAUACCCUGGACCUUUUCCAGGACGCCAAGGGCGACUACUGCGAAGUCAUGGAGUACUGCUCCGGCGGUGACUUGUUCACUUUGAUCAUCGCUGCUGGGAAGCUAGAGUACCAAGAGGCAGACUGUUUUUUCAAACAGCUCAUCACAGGGGUCGUCUACAUGCACAACAUGGGUGUUUGUCACAGAGAUUUAAAACCGGAGAAUCUCCUACUCACCCAUGACGGUGUCUUGAAAAUCACAGAUUUCGGUAACAGCGAGUGCUUCAGAAUGGCUUGGGAGAAAGAAAUCCAUCUAAGUGGCGGCAUUUGCGGUUCAAGCCCUUACAUCGCCCCAGAAGAGUACACUCAGGACGAAUUCGAUCCAAGAGCAGUCGAUAUCUGGGCCUGCGGUGUUAUAUACAUGGCAAUGAGAACCGGUCGCCAGCUUUGGGCAACCGCUCAAAAAGAAGAUGAGUUCUACAUGAAGUAUCUCAAGGGAAGGAAAAACGCAGCUGGUUAUGAUCCCAUCGAAAAAUUGAAACGUGCCAGGUGCAGAAACGUCAUAUAUUCGAUACUAGACCCUGUACCGAGCAGAAGACUUAACGGUAAUCAAAUUUUGAACAGUGAGUGGGGUAGAGAAAUCGUUUGCUGCCAUCAAGGUCACCCUGUAAGGUAG